GCUGCGAUCGUAUUUUACGAUUAGCACAUGGAAGUUAGAAACCGAAAGAACUCAUCUCUUUGCGUAUUCUCGAAGACAGUCCUGUUGUGAAUCCAUAACUGACCCAACUUGAAUUUCCCUCGCAAGUAGAUUCAAGAAAAGCGGUGCUGAUACUGAAGGGGGCGACAUGACGUUGUCAACAGAGCGGCAGCGACUGCGACCCUGGUUAGAGGAUAAAAUAAACAGCGGAAAAGUGCCCGGACUGUGUUGGCGCAAUAAAGAAAAGAAAGAAUUUCGAGUCUCGUGGAAACACGCUGGCAAACCCGAUUUUGUUGUUGAGAAAGAUGCCAUGUUAUUUAAGCUGUGGGCCGAGCAUACUGGUAAAUAUCGCCCAGGUGAAUCUGCCGAUCCCUCGACGUGGAAAACAAGGUUCCGAUGUGCCUUGCACAAAAUGCCAGACGUCGAAGAAGUAAGAGUUCCCCAUAGUUUGGACGAAAAGGAACCUUACCGAGUAUUUCGUUUCAAGGAUAAAGAUGGUUGCUCGCUAAGACAACAAAAUUUCAGUUCACCGAGGGCAGAGGAGAAUCAAAAUGGCAAGCCCCCAAUGGUAAGGACAAUGCAUCAUUUUGUUCCGCGUGGGGAUGCGGUUUCUCCAACAAAGUCCCGUGGAAAGAGCGACUCGGUGAUACGUACACUUCCGUCAGCGAAAGACAAUGUGUUCUUCAACAACUAUCCAAGUUUUCCUGGACCGCAGAGUUAUGGCCGGCUUCAAGACUCUCCGCACGAUAGCAGUGACAGCUCACUUGAGGACGAUUUAGAUAGUAUUACUCCGGUGAGGAUUAAUGUUCGAUUUGAUUUCCAUGGCUAUGAACCUAUGCUCACCGACGAACCAACAUCAAAUCCUUUCCAAUUUCCUUAUUCCAACGGCCAGUCCUUUUUUGGUGGAGAUUUUGCAAGUAACAACUUUAUCAGACCUGCGCAACUCCCUCCUGGAUUGGAGAGUUUGGAUUUCAACAACGUCAGGAAGGAAAUCUUGGAGGCCAUUUGCUUAACUAAUGGCCAAGUUGGAUUUCACGAAAACGGAUUUCACGAAAACGGAUUUCUUCAGCAUGUCAUGGCAACCAAUCCAAGUCUUGUGAAAUUCUGGCUGCAGUCUUCUGAUGGAUCAUCGUCUGUCAGCACUCACUUCAAUUUGGAUAAACACUUAAUAGAGCCAACUUGUUCGGAUAAGGAUGAGAGCAUGGGCCGAAUGCUCACCAACAUCUCUCAAUCAAAUGAAAAUCCAGGGUCAGGGUUCGCAAGGCCUGGGAAACAAGCGGGAGAUAUCUGUGAUUCCGCUUUGCGCAUCCGGGUAUUCUAUGGGAGCUCUGAAGUAUUAUCCACUGACACUAAGCCGACGGAAAGUGAACGGUUCAUCCGAAUAUUCCACGGAAAUCACAUGAUAGAAGCCCGAAAGUUCGAGUUGGCUUUGAUGAGUCGACUGUUCGGACCUCCUACUGCCAGACAGAUCGAGCUACCACAAGCUGUCAACAACAACUCCAAGGAAGUCUUGAAAGUGAUGGAUUUCAUUAAACGCGGCAUUCUGUUGGAAAUCAACGAGUCCAAUGACAUAUUCGUCACUCGUCUGUGCCUCGCCAAGGUUUACUAUUCGAACGGAAGAAAGGCCGCUAAAAAGCUCAUUCGCGAGGAACGUACUAAAGUAUUUGAUUAUCAAGGAAAAUUUCUUCCCAAUCUCAGGGAGAGCCAAAACGGGAACUGCGAGUAUCCUUCGUAUGAGGUCACUCUUUAUCUGGGAAGAGCCGAUGGGAGCCUGGUAUCUAUUGUUAUCACUCACGUGGUGGCCAAGAUGAGCCUGCAUAUUGCUAGUUCAUCGGGUGAGAACUUUUGGUCGGAGCCAAAUGCGAACGAUCAGUUGGCCACAAACUUGGAGGAGGAUUGUAUGUAUUAGAGUAAACACUUGAAAAGUUACUACGUAUAGGUUGAUAUAAGCCAUGACAUUCCAUGCUUCCUUCAGGGCUUUGGGUCUUUACCAUGCACUAAUGCGGACUGACUGACAGACUGGCCAAUUGAUAAAGAUAAUUCCGUUGUUAUUAAUAACUGUGAAGUCAGAGAAAUCAAUUUCUAAAUUUUGCUUGUAUGGUCCAAUAGGAAGUUUCGAAGACUAUAGAAAGCUCUCGAAAAAACAACGACGUUUUAUUCAAUAGGCCAGUCUUUUCAGCCUUUUCCGGUAAAUAUUCUUAGACCACUUGGUCCGCUCUUUGUGUAGUUUUAGCAUUUUUUUUUCUCUCUAAUUUUUGUUAUCUUCUUAAGAUUAUUAACAACCUAGCCGGGUUUUUCACCAAGAACAAUUUACAUCUCAAAUCCACUUUCUUCUUUAAGCAACUUUUAUUCCAAAAAUGCGUCAGUUUUACUCACACUUAAACUUCCUCGUGGAUUACUUUGAAUAGCUUUUUAUGUCAUCUAAUUCCUCGUGUAUGCCACUAGAAUGUGUAGCCCGAACUUGUUACAGUACAGUUGUUGAGGAAGAUAACGUGAACAGCGAUUUCGGUAUGCAAACAUCGUACAUACAUGUAUAAACGGCCAACACCUGCCCGCUUGAAAGUACUUUGCAAAAGGAUCCAAACAACUUCAUCGAUAUUUUAAAAUCAUGGUUUAUGUCAACCACAUAUACUUCAACUUCCUGAUAAGAAAUUUUUUUAACGUUCAUUUUCUUUAUAUCAAGAUUGUUUUAUACCAUUGUCGUCUUUACGUAUCCUCAUCAUAAACUUUUCGUUUAAGCUCUCUUUAAUUCAAGUCGUCAAACUCUCCAUUGAUAAAAAAAACUUGGACAUUUUACACAAAAUCUAACAUCGCAAUUUGUAAGGAAGAUAUCUUUCGGCUCAUCACUUGUACUAAACAAAGCAAGUUCGACUCCUGCGAACGAAAAAAUAAAACGUUCUCCAAAAUUCCAGAGGUUAAUUUUUCACUCAUGAAAAAUAAGCCAAAGACAUUCACAUUUCAGCAGUUUACAAAUUUCUUUUACUGUGAAGUUUUUCGUUCCUUCAUAUGUGGAAAAAAAGAUUUGUACGAUUCCAUUAAAGAGAUUAAAUUUCUUAAGAACCAAAACUUAUUUUUGUUCAAAUGCCAAGCGGUUUUCUUUAGCUGGUCUCACAUUUUACAAAGAUUAGCAAGAUUGAAUUAUCCAUUUUCAUCGGUGGUGCUAGUGCGAACACAACCAAGAGAAAACAUUAUUCAUUAAAAAGAGGCUUCACAUAGCCGACCAAAAGGGAAAGUCUCUACUGUAUUUAGAAUCAGAGAUAUCAUUGUGAUUCUAGUUUAGGUUUUAUAAUUAAUAUUAGAUGUUAGAAAUUCGUUUGUAGUUGUAACAUUGGCGAGUAAGUUAAGCUGGUGUGAUCUGCAUUAUAGCUCAGUCCUGUGUGAGCUUUUGCAAAAUGAUUUACUUCAUGAAUUUGUGAUUUUCCAUUUCUAUCAGUUGUCAUGCACAACCAUAACAAAGACCUUGAUAACAUUUUUUUAAAGGUAUUUCUUUAACAUUAAAGAACAAAUACGUUUGCAUCAGACGUUACAAUUGUUAUGUAAUUGGUAAAAACAUGUCGCUAUUGUAAUUGUAGCAAUCACACCCAGAACUUAGCAUCCAUGGAGCCGUUUUUAUUUUACUGUUUUAAAACUAAAUGCAAUCCAAUCAGUCUGAACACGACUGAAAGAAUGAGGCCACUGUUUGAUUAAUGCCAUAGUUAGGGUGCGCGAAUACCACAGGUGUUCAACGCAGAAAACGCGCCAUUACCAUGGUUUGCCGCGGGAAUGUUAUCAGCAUCGCGCGCGUGAUCAAGCGUGCAACACGAGAGAAAUGUGCGUUAUGCUGAUAAACGUCAGGAUAAAGUAUUAUUCACCAAUUAUUUAAACCACGCUGAGUGUGUGGACUUAGAACACGAAAACGUGACCUCAUUUUUUUACAUUUCACACAAAACUGCUAUAGACCGGUAGUCAUAUAAAAACGGUACUAUGAACGGAUGUUUACUAAGUUGUUUUCAACUGUAUGCCAAGUUUAUAUUAGACUUUUGUUCCUUAUAAUACGUUUUUCAAUAAAACUAACACCCACACGUAAUAUGA